AUGCAGUUUAUGUUGCUGUUCAGCCGUCAAGGAAAACUGCGACUUCAAAAAUGGUUUGUUGCCCACCCAGACAAAACCAAAAAGAAAAUAACCAGAGAGCUGAUCACUUUAGUGUUGGCUCGCAAGCCAAAAAUGUGCAGUUUCUUGGAGUGGAAGGAUCUGAAAGUUGUCUAUAAAAGGUAUGCCAGUUUGUACUUCUGCUGUGCUGUUGAGAAUGAUGACAACGAGUUGCUGACCCUUGAGGUCAUCCAUCGCUACGUGGAGCUGUUGGACAAAUACUUCGGCAGUGUGUGUGAGCUAGACAUCAUCUUCAACUUUGAGAAGGCUUACUUCAUGCUGGAUGAGUUCCUUCUGGGCGGAGAGGUUCAGGAGACCAGCAAGAAGAAUGUGCUGAAGGCAAUAGCUGCCCAGGACUUGCUCCAGGAGGAUGACGCUCUUCAAGAGGUUCUCAUAGAAUACGGCUUGUUCUAA